GUAGCUAGGGUUAUUUUGUCUCCAUUUCUCCCAUUCAUGAGCCCAUCCUCUAUUUAACCCUUUUCAUAAUUUCUUCCACAUCAUAACUCUUAUCACCCCAUAUAUAAAAAUAUUAUUUGUGUAUUAUGGCUGCUCAACUUGGGAUUUUGUCCUCGACUCAAUUUCAAAAACUGGCUCAAUCCCAAAAACAACAAAACCAACAACAAUCAUCACCGGCACAAGCACCAUUGAAUGCUGGCUCUGCCACUGACUAUUGGAUGUGGAACGCUAAGCAAGCAACUCAGGAUGACGAUGAUUCGUGGGAAGUUAGAGCAUUUGAGGAAGACACAGGCAAUGCCAUGGGCACCACUUGGCCACCAAGGUCCUAUACUUGCACCUUUUGUCGGAGAGAAUUUCGAUCAGCCCAAGCCCUAGGUGGACACAUGAAUGUGCAUCGUCGUGACCGUGCUAGGCUCCAUCAAGCUCUACCACAAUAUGGUUCAAAUAACAACCACAACCACAUUUCUUCCCCAAAUUCUAAUUCCACCCUCUUAAUUCCAACUCAAGAAUUUGUUACAGAUGAUGGACUUUGUCUUCUAUACUCCUUGCCUAACCCUAGUAGUACUCAUGUCUUCAAUAACCCCACAUCAAGAAAAUCUUGUACUAAGAAUAACAAUUCAUCAUCUUCUACCCUUAAUCUCUCCAUCUCACCAUAUCCAACAAAUAAUAAUUUGAUGUCUCCAACUCCAACCCCUCCUCCUCCAUGUCUAAACUUCCCAAUAAAUAGGCCUAAUCCAAGCAUCAACACAUCAUCUAACACUAGUAAUGAUGAUGAUGGUAGCAACAAGAGGGAUUUAGUCAUUGAAGAUGAGCUUGAUCUCGAGCUUCGACUAGGAUGGAGAUCAUCAUCAACAACAACAACAGCAUCCUCACCAUGAACACCCAAGUCGAUCGAUCAUAUACAACAUGUUGUGGUUAAUUAAUUAAUUUUCCUAGACUUAAUUUCCUUUUUAAAUUUAUAUAUGGAUUGAUUAAUUUGUUUUGUGUGAAUUGCAAUAUACUCUAUUAAUUGAAGCAAUUGAGAUAAAAGGCAAGAAGAAGAAGAAGAGAGCAAGUUGUAAAUUUAAAAGAAAUGAAGGGUUGAGUGUGAUAUAAUAAUAAAUGAAUGUAUCAUACUAUUAAUUAAUCAAAGAAAAGUCACUCCUAUUUGGGUAGGGUUGGAGUGCGAGCUAGCCUGUAAAAAAAAGGAGGUUAGCAGUGCAGUGUCAUUUUCUAGUUUGCUCAUUUCUAAAGGCAACAUAUAUUUCCGUGGGGAUUAUUAUAUCUGUCAUGUUGCCACUCUUUAUUGCUGCAUUUAUGUUGUCUC